UGACCUGCUUUCAGCAUUUCACAACGAAAAUCAAAACGAACCCCAAAAUCACUUCAGUCCAAUUGCGCUUUUGCCAUCAUUCUGUUUCGUGAGAAAGUCACGUGUUGUGACAUUGUGUUCACAUGACUUCAUCUUCUAGCCAAUUGGAUGCCACCUUUCAAUCUGAGUUAACCGAGAAGAUAGGGUAAAAUAAUUUUCCCUUUGACUGUCGUCCUGUUUUUAUUAAUCUUUUCGCAAACGUCGAAAGUGGUGGCCAUCUGUUUCCAGUAGCACACAAGGUGACUGUGUGGUGACCACUGGCCCCUGCAUUCCUAAACUGCUCCUGUGAGUUCCUAACUAAUUCAACCAGUCCUGAAUCUUCACCAUGGAGCCCAACAAAGUUCAGUCUGAAGGAGGGCUCAAUGUCACUCUGACUAUCAGACUCCUCAUGCACGGCAAGGAGGUUGGCAGCAUUAUAGGCAAGAAAGGGGAAACUGUGAAGAAGAUGCGUGAGGAUAGUAAUGCACGCAUAAAUAUUUCAGAGGGGAACUGCCCAGAGAGAAUUGUUACCAUCACAGGACCCACAGAUGCCAUAUUCAAGGCCUUCGCAAUGAUUGCAUACAAGUUUGAGGAAGAUAUCAUUAACUCUAUGAGCAAUAGCCAGGCUACUAGUAAGCCUCCAGUAACUUUGCGUUUGGUGGUGCCGGCCAGUCAGUGUGGCUCUCUAAUUGGGAAAGGAGGCUCCAAGAUCAAGGAGAUGAGGGAGUCUACAGGGGCUCAAGUGCAAGUGGCUGGAGACAUGCUACCCAAUUCUACUGAGCGGGCAGUCACUAUCUCAGGUGCUCCAGAGGCCAUUAUCCAGUGUGUGAAGCAGAUCUGUGUGGUCAUGUUGGAGUCCCCACCCAAAGGUGCCACAAUUCCAUACAGGCCAAAGCCUGCCACUGCACCAGUCAUCUUCUCUGGGGGCCAGGUAAGAGCAGAUACUCUGACAGCACCAGCCACAGCCAACCUCAGUCUGUUACUGCAGCAUCAGCCUCUGCCUGCCUACACCAUUCAGGGACAAUACGCCAUCCCACACCCAGACUUGACAAAGCUCCAUCAGCUGGCUAUGCAGCAAUCCCCCUUUACCUCCCUUGGACAGACCACCCCCGCUUUCCCUGGUGUGGAUGCCAGUUCACAGGCCAGUACUCAUGAACUCACCAUUCCAAAUGAUCUAAUAGGUUGUAUAAUCGGACGUCAAGGCACCAAAAUUAAUGAAAUCCGUCAAAUGUCUGGGGCUCAGAUCAAAAUUGCUAAUGCCAUGGAGGGGUCAUCAGACCGUCAAAUCACCAUUACGGGAACACCUGCCAACAUCAGCCUGGCACAGUACCUCAUAAAUGCCAGGUUCAGAGAUGUGGCAGCCAUGUGGACUGACCCUUCAACCAUGACAACCUCCUGAAGUCACAUUAGGCUCUGUUUCUCGAAGACGUUCUGGUCUCAAACUGUUUUCUGGCCUCAUCAGUGUUCUUAAAACCUAGGAAUUGAUAUAGUCAGACAUUUGUGUCUCAGGAUUGGAGAACUACAUUUAGUGUAAUUAAGCCAGUUCAAUUUAUUCAUUCCAUAGAAUAACAGAAAAACAAAACAUACUGUAGCUUCACCCAACUGGGGCCUCUCUGCAAACUGUAUUUAUUGUCUACAUUCAAGGUCUCUGCAGUAAAAAGUAUUCUAAUAAGCAACCUGUAUUUAGGAAAUUUUGGAAUUGUGUCUGUGUACAAGAAUAUGAUGCAUUGUCUUAUUAAUUAGAUAAUAGUUUUGAGUUUUAGCACAGAAACUUAGCAUGCUGAAUGUCUAAUAGUUGUCAUUGCUCUUAUUUAUUUAAAUAUUUUCUCAAUAUUUUACAGUACUUUAAAAAUGUAUUCAAGUUAUCAUACAUGUAAUGUGAGCAAUAAAUUGUAUUAAAAUAUGCUUCUUUUAACUUCAGUAAGUGGUAAAACAGGUGGUUUAGGAAAAGAGGUAUCUAAUUUCCUGUUAAUUUUAAUUAUGGUCACACCUGUGUUUAUAAUUUGUAAGAAAAAAUAUAUUUCAUACAGCGCAUGAUAUCCAUUUUUUUUUCUGGUCCUGAAACAAUUGUCUGUUCAACAUUUGUACAAUUACAAACCAGGUGAUCUUGUCAUGUGUGAUUUAAUUAUUUAGCCUUUCAAAAAAAAAGACCUGAUUGUUUAACUUUUGACAUUUUACUUGGCUAAACAUUAUUGAUGUAGACCGUGCUUCAAGUAAUUGUGAUAGUUUCAUGAAGCAAUGUACUUUGUUUACAUCUUUGUUUAAUGCUGUCUUGUGCACUGCAAUAAUCUGAAUAACUGAAAGUGUCAGACAUAAGUAGUCUAGACAAAAGUAAGAUUAACUAAUUCAUCAGUGAACAACAGUAGAAUUGACACUUUUUGGCAAUGCAACUGUGAUUAUACAGUAAGGAAGCAAGUAAUAGACGUUGAUUUGAAUGUAAUGAUGUGACUUUUUAACAGGUCAUUUGCCGUUAAGCUUGUCAAAUGUACACCCAGUUCCAGAUGGAUGAAACAACAGCCUACAGUUUAAAACACAUGCUCGAGGUCUUUAGGUUUUCUUUUCGAACUUGUCUCAAUAGCUAGUGAUUACAUUGUGAGUUAGAUUCACAAGCUGUACAUCUACUGUAUAUGCUCUGUGUUAACAGUUCUCGGUUCAGAAUGUUUAUUAUUUAUAUCAAAGAAAUGGGCUUUGAUGAGUUAAAAUGUAAUGUAUAGUUAUUUAAUGUAUGCAUUUUGGUGUUGACUUAUAUUUAAGAUUUUAUGUGAUGAUUUACGUAACAUAAAAUGUUGUUAUUUCUAGUGGCUAAUAGACCAUUAAUUGUGUUCCACUGACACAGUGACUUUUGUAUAUUCAUACCCCAACAACAGGGUAUGAAUUUACAAGCAUUGCAAUUUUGAAUGUCUUAACAUUCAUACAGUAUGAGAUCUCAUAUAACCAGUUAUAAAACCAAAAUGAGUGACGCUGUAUUUCUACUAAACUAAUGUGCUUGGUUUAUUUAGUCUUUUUCUUCUUCGUUUUAUAAAACUAGAAGAAAAAAAAUCCAUGCAGACUACAGUCUAGUAUUUCCCAUAAAGAAACAUUGGUUUCUAUGUUUGCUGCUGAAUGACUCAUGGUUUGACUUCAUAUUCAUAUUAUUUUUA